AUGGAGUAUUCACCAAUGUUGGUUGUGAUGCUAUGGGCCCUGACUCCUAGUGAUGCUUCAUCUGUAGCUGCAAAAGUCCAGGAAAUGCCUCCCCCUGGGAUGACAGUGCAUCAAGAAUCGUACUUCACUUUCAACCAUGGAAAACCAUUCCUUGCUGAACAAGACCCACUGACAGGAGCAAUCCUCAAUCUCAAGACUACUCCCGUCAUUCAGGAUGAUUAUGUGUAUGAAGAAGAAGAAGAUACAGAUGGCAUAGAUAGGAAGGAUGGCCCAAAAAUAUUCACGAGAAAUGAUAUAGCCCAGCCUUCCAAAGAUGCGGAUCUACAUAAAUUUCUAAAUCUUCCAGUUCAUUACAGUUCUAGUGGGAAGUUCCCACUCAUUUCUAGUUCAUAUGCUAACACAAAAGUCCAAGGCCAUGGAGCCAGUGCCUAUAGUAACCAUAGAUUAAAUCCAACAACUUCUACUUCAACUGUUUCUCCUUCUUAUUAUUCAUUAAAGACAUCAACCAGUGCUAGGAGCACUGAAGGUACAACUUCAACUACCACCACAACUACUACUACCACCACGACAACCACCUCUCCAACUACUACCACAACAACAACCACCACUUCAAAGCCACCCACAAUCAGAACAACUACCAAACCACCAUCAUCAUACGAAUAUGAAUAUGAAUAUGAUUAUGACAAUGAUCACGAAAGAGAACCUACUGAGAAUAAGACUUCAAAUCACAAUAUCUUAGAUUUCUUUGAUAAAGAUUACGAAUUAUUAGGUGCAUCUGAAGAAGAUAAAAAUGCGUCUAAAGUUAGUAAUACCCAACCCACAGGAAAACCAAACAAUGAUGUGGUUAUGGUAGCUCCUAACACUAAUAUUUUUAUCCCAGCAGAUUACUUGAAACCUAAUUUAGAAGAAAAACGCAACCAAACUGAAUAUCAGCAAACUACAACAAUUAAACCUACUUCCUCAUCCACUACACCAUCCACCACUUUACCAACUGUAAAAUCCACUACUUUACCACCUGUGAAAUCUACUACUUUUUCAACUGUUAAAUUCCCUACCGAAUCAUUUACUGUCAGUUCAUCAACACAAAAAAACAAAGUAUUAUACAGUUAUACUGAAAGACCAAAACCAUCUACUAAUGAUAUAGAAAAGUUUGUUCCUACAACCGAAAGUUCAGAAGUUAAUGAUAAAGUUGAUCAUAGUAUAUUUGGUAUGAAAAUAACUAACAAAGAUAAACAAGAAGUAACCACCAAAAACGAAGAUGAUAGUCCUACCAUACAACCUAUAGACAAAAGACCAACAAUCUUUUUACCAACCAGACUGCCAGAAGAAAAUAACAAGAAUGAAACAAAACUUAUUACAGCAGGUGAAGAAGAUAUGCCCAUUCGAAAAAGACCAAACCCUCAACAGCCUGAUGAAUCGAAACCUUCUGAAGUUAUUGUUCCUCCUACUAGGCCUUCAGAUUUUCACUACACUUUUGUAAAACCAGGCACUCGGCCAGUUAACAUUAAUCCUCAACAAAAUGGGCACUUUAAUCCAUAUCAACGACCAUACACUCCUCCAACAAUGGUUCCAACAGAAAUAUUGCCUCCUCAAAGACCUUUGGAACACUAUCACAGACCUCAAGAAAGGCCUUACCCUGAAAUUGUGCAAUAUCGACCAUUAGACCAAAACCGACCACAAAGCAAUAAGCCAAUAGUCAAUGUAGGAAACAGAACACCUAUUUAUAGUAUACCAGAAAACGAACCAGUAUUUGAACAAACCAAUAAGAGACCACCACAGCCCUUCCUUCCAACACCAAUGCGGCCAUUGGAACCAAAGCCACAUGACAACUUUCCUCAGAAAUUGGAACCUAAACCAUUUGCAACAAUGGCGCCUACCGCAUCAUCUCGACCAGGAGAACCUUCCUCAAUAAAUAGACCCCAUGUUCCCCCACAGAGACAAGAAUUUCAAACAAGGCCAGUUGAUAGUGCUAUAAAAAAUAGAAACCCUGAAAAUGAGCAAAAACCAAGCAAGGUACCAAAUCAACCUUCAGAUAUUAUGUAUCCUCCUUAUUCACAGCUACGACCUCAGGAACCUGAACAAAAACCAUAUGUUCCUGAAUAUAGACCACAAAAUCCAAGACCAGAACAAACACGGCCUCCCAUAGUAAUUCCAGAUCUAGUACACAGUCUAGAAACCCAAAAUAGUGGAGAAAAUCAAAAUCAACCCACUAUUUCAUUCAGCAAUAAUAAACCAUUUCCAUCUCAAUUUAAUCAACCAUCCAAAGUAGAAAGUCAUUUCAUUAAAGUCUCUCCAGGUCAAGAAAAUCCCAGUUAUUCUCUACAAACAUCAUUUUCGAUUGGUGUUCCACCAGCUGAAGAGCCACAGCCAGGAAUAUCAAAUAACAACCCCACUAAGGUCGCAGUUGCACCAAGCAGCCAGGGUGUUGGACAAGUUCUUUUCCCAGAUGAGGAAGAAAAACGACCAUGGACCUUCCAAGAGGACAAAAGGCCCGCUUUGUACAGCCCAGAAGGUGAAAAGUAUCCAAGACCAUCAUGGGAAUCACAUCUAAAACCACCACUUGCCUUCAAUCAUUUGAGAAAAGAGCCUUUCCUACACAAAAGACCCAAACCAAGACCUGACUUACCCAAUAUUCUCCCUCAAUUCAGACCAAAUGCAAAAGUUGGGCAUGCUGAACCACAUAUAUAUUUCAAGACUCCUCUAGAUACCCUACAACCUCCACCAUUGCCAAGACCGCAGUUCUUGAGGGCUGAAUCAGAAGAAGAAAAACAACAAGUUCACAGGAGAAACGGGCAGUCGUCUAGAGUAGUACCUGCACCUGUACCUGUACCAGUGCCUGUACCAGUUUCAGUACCAGCAGCCCAUGUCCCAAAAAGAGGUGCUUUGAGGGCUGAAGAUGAAAAAACUGACCCAGUGUUUGUAGUAUAUCCUAGUAACAAUGCUCAAGAUGGUGUUGUCAUUGGAACAAGAGGUCCACAGCGUCCUCUACCACCAGAUAAUUUAGAAUUAGAAGAUUCUUUUCCUCUUGAUACAAAUAAAAAUUUUCAAGCAAGGGUUGAUACACCCAUUUUAAAAGGAAAAGUAACAUCAAAACCGAUCGUAAAGAAUGAUUUUCCAUAUCCAUUAGUCAAACCGACAGAGUUAGAAGAAAAAGUAAUUACAACAGUGACUAAAGAGUAUACUGCUUUUAGUCCAACAGUGUCACCAACUGAAAAAGAACAUGAUACAGAAAUAAAUGUCAUUCCAUAUUUGCAAGACUAUCAACCAUUCGCAACAAAAAAACCAUCACAAGAACCACCAACAUGGAACACUGGAAAUGAUACAAAACCAAUUUCAGUAACACUCAAAACUCAGAAAACUGAAGUAACAACCUCAAAAAUAGAUAAUCACAAAACAAAUGAUUCCCCAACUCCACAAGAUUUCCAGGCACCAUUCUAUGCAAGCUUAUCUGCACCAAACCAAGGUUGGAGUGUUUUAAGACCAAGGCCAAAUCCAGAAAAAGAAGAAGAAGAAACGACAACUGCCAAAAUAUUUGAGGAGCAGGAGAGCAAAUUUGAUAUACAGAACUUUAAACCACAACUCUUUGGAGGAUUCAAGCCUAUCAUUCCACCAAACAUGGAACCUAAAGAAACUAUUCAAGAAGAAAAAGAAAAUUUAUAG